AUGUAUGUUGAUGAUAUUCUACUUACUGGAGACGAUACAAUCGAAGGAGAAAGAAUGAAGCAGGUUCUAGCUAAAGAGUUUGAAAUCAAGGAUCUCGUGCCUAUGAAGUAUUUUCUCAGUAUGGAAGUUGUAAGAUCAAAGAAAGAUAUUUAUGUGUCACAAAGAAAAUAUAUUGUUGAUUUACUUAAAGAGACAGGAUUUUUGGGGAGUAAACCAGUAGAUACACUUAUUGAAAAGAAUCACAAUAUGGUCAGCCAAUUUAUGCAUGAGCCACAUGAAGAGCAUCUCAAAGCAAUUCAUCGCAUUUUGAGAUAUCUUGAAAAAACUCCAAGAAAGGGGUUGUUUUUCAAAGAGAAUGAUUCAAGGAAAAUUAAGGCGUUUACUGAUGCAUAUCGGGCUGGAUCAGCCAAUGAUAGAAGGUCUACUACCAGGUUGGAUACUGUAGGAGGGUGGGUGCUAUAUUUCACUGAAAUUUUGGCAUUAUUUGGUGGCGUGAUAACUGCUUUGUAUUGUUGGAUUCCGUGGAUCGCUGAUCCAUUAUUGGGUACUGUGUCUCAUGCAUUUGGGAUCUCAGUUUUGCUAUUCUGA